GUGGCUCGAAUUGCGGGGCCUGGGUUCACCUGACAAAAGAGGGUUUCCACCAGGGGGCGCAAGGAGUCAGCGUUAGUUCACAAUGUCCAUUAGGGGGCGUUUCUGCCGCCUCUGGCAGUCUAGGGUUGGGAAGCCAACCGCAGCUUCGCCCCGCCUGAUUGGGAGAGACACCACUAAACUAUUUGCAUACUCUUGAAAGGGCUGCGCUGAGUAGUUGAGGUAUAGAAGAAAUCUGAAACGGGCUCUCUCAUUGGCUUAAGUUCCCUCUUGUUCCGCGUCCCUUUCCCGGCCAAUCCCCGCCCGGAGAUCAGUCCGAAGCCUAGGCUAGUGGCGAGAGCAGACCCAGGUGUCCGGACAUUGGGCGCUGCAGGGAGUUUAAGAUGUGCAUCUAGAGAGGCACUGCCACCCUUGCCACCUGCCCUUCCAUCGACACACCGAGGUCCUCUCCAUCCACUCUGGUCCCGCCCACUCUACCUUGGGGUAGAAAAAGGAGUCUCCUCAGUCGCAGCUUCUGACCUCCCGGUUACCUCACUCAGGCAUCUAAAGAGCUUAGUUUGCCCCUCUGGAAAGUGGAUCAGUGGCUUACAGAGGCGUGCGCCGGGGAAGGGAGGGGUACACAGGCGGCCUGCUCACACACAGGCUUGUUCGUGCAGAGUGGCUCAAAAGUCGAGCUCCAGGGCUCAGCUGGGUAUGGGUACCAAGUAUGAAAGUCCAGAACCCAACUGCCAGAAACAGUUCCAGGCUGCAGUCAGCGUCAUUCAGAACUUACCUAAGAAUGGCUCUUACCGCCCGUCUUAUGAAGAGAUGCUGCGAUUCUACAGCUACUACAAGCAGGCUACCAUGGGGCCCUGCUUGGUCCCCCGGCCUGGAUUCUGGGACCCUAUUGGACGUUAUAAAUGGGAUGCCUGGAAUAGCCUGGGCAAGAUGAGCAGGGAGGAGGCCAUGUCCGCCUACAUCACUGAGAUGAAGCUGGUGGCACAGAAGGUGAUCGACACGGUGCCCCUGGGUGAGGUGGCAGAGGACAUGUUUGGUUACUUCGAGCCCCUGUACCAGGUGAUCCCUGACAUGCCGAGGCCCCCGGAGACCUUCCUGAGAAGGGUCACAGGUUGGAAAGAGCAGGUGUUGAAUGGAGAUCCUGGAGCUGCCCCAGAGCCUCCUUGCCUCCCCAAGGAACCAGCCCCUCCAAGUCCAGAGUACAAGCCAUCCAGGGACCUGGACUCUGAGGUUUUCUGUGAUUCCCUGGAGCAGCUGGAGCCUGAGCUGCAGGUUGAUGCAGAGCAGAGGGGCGCCCUUGGAGGAGAGCCUGAUACCAGAAACAGCCCCAUGCCCACCGCAGAGAAAGAAAAUUUGGGAAGCAGCCUGCUGGGGCCCCAGGAAUUGGACACAUGGCUGAUGGGGACAGUUCAGGCGCUGCAGGAGAGCAUGCAGGACGUCCAGGGGAGACUGCAGAGCCUGGAGAGCAUGCCCAGCCCCCCUAGGCAGCUACUUUUGUCUUUGUCCCCAUGUCUCUACAUGCCCACACCUCUGCCUUCUCCAGAGAAUGAUGUGGCUCAUGGUGCAAGCAAGGAAGUCAGGGGGUCUAAAGUGCUUCUGCCCUGGAAGGAGAGUGGGAAAGGCCCUCCUUUCCUGCUCUUACUUCCCUCUGCCUGAAGAGAAACUGAGGACAGUUGGAAUUCCAAUGACUGGAAGGAUCUGAAUGUGUCUGCUCUUUGUAUUGGAGCUGGCGGGGGGUCCCUCUUGCCCCUCAGUCAGGAUUUCUUCUGUUCCCACCCCACUAAAAAAAAAAAUCAGCCCUUGCAUCCCCGACUCCUUCCUCUGGACUUCUAGAUCUGCUUGCCCCUUAUACCCUGGCUUCUGUAAAACAAGUAACAGCAGCCACUUCUGGAGCCCCAGCUGUGUGCCAAACACAUCGCUUGCAUUAUCUCAUUUAAUCCACACAACAAACCAAUGAAAUAGGUUUUCUUUUCAUUUCCCUUUACAGAUGAGGAAACUAAGGCUCUGAGAGGUUGAGUAACUUACCUGAGGGCACACAGCCCAGAAGAACCUCAGAGAGCUGCUGUGAGGAUUAGAUGAGAUAAUGCAUGCAGGUACUUCUGCAGUGCAGGACUUCUCAAAUGGGAUUCAUUGUUACCAUUACUAUUAACAUUAAGUGAUGGAGCUGGAGUAACCCCAGGUCUAUCUCCCUCCAAAGGUGGCAGCCACCAUUAACUACAAGUCUGUUCUUGAGUAGCCUGGGAUGGAGAGGGCAGGAGAGAGCUGAGUUCCUGGAUAUGGGGGAAUCACUCCAAAGACCCCUAACCCCUUGGCAGGAGUUGCCUCAGAUCCACAGUGGCUAACCUUUCAACACCUACCCCCCCAGGGCUUUAUUUAUUGUUUACCUUUUACUAAUUUUAUAUGCUGAAGAUUUUAAAGAUUUUCACCCUGAAA